UCCUCUACGUGUGUUUUUUUGCUCACUCGGAGCUCUGGUCCCACCGUACCCGAGGUUAGCAGCUACACCAAUUCCUUAACCCGCAGUCAGAAUUGGCAGAACUGCUCUCCAAGCUUCUCUCCCUUCCCUCUUUUUCUUUCUCUCCUCAGCAGCCGCCUUACCUCGCGGCUUUGGGCCGCUGGCGGGCCUGCAGGUGAGCAGCAGCGCAGCGCCGCUGUCCGGCGGGUUUACUUUGCACAGCCGGACUCGGGCCAGGGCGGUUGCAGCGGCACCAGUCCCAAGACUCUCUUCCUUGCAGGAUGAAGAACCCGAUGCUGGAGGUGGUGUCCCUGCUGUUGGAGAAGCUGGUCCUCAUCACCAACUUCAAACUCCUCAGUUUAGACAUCCCGGGCGAAGAGAAAGGAUGGAAAAAAUUCUAUGAGGUUCAUUGUUUCCUCCGCGGCGACGUGCUGGAAGUGCCUCGGACCCAUCUGACCCACUAUGGCAUCUACCUGGGCGACAACCGUGUCGCACACCUAAUGCCCGACAUCUUGUUGGCUCUGACCAACGACAAGGAACGCACGCAGAAAGUGGUCUCCAACAAGCGUCUUAUCCUGGGUGUCAUUGGCAAGGUGGCCAGCAUCCGCGUGGACACGGUGGAGGACUUCGCCUACGGAGCCGACAUCCUUGUCAAUCACCUGGACCAGUACCUCAAGAAGAAGGCUCUGCUCAACGAGGAGGUGGCCCGGAGGGCUGAGAAACUGUUGGGUACGACCUCCUACAGCCUGUUGUGGAACAACUGCGAACACUUUGUGACCUACUGCCGAUACGGUACCGCAAUCAGCCCCCAGGCCGACAAGUUUUGUGAGAUACUGAAGAUAAUCAUUCGUGAUCAGAGAAGUGUUCUUGCUUCAGCCAUCUUGGGAUUGGUGUCUAUAGUCUGCAUGGGCCUGGCAUCAUAUAUUACCUUUCCUGCAAUUAUUAUUCCAUUCUGCUUAUGGAUGGCUGGCUAACUGCAUAUUCCUGCAUUAGUGUGUAUGUAUUCUGCAUGUAAAUGUAUUUAUAUUUAUAGAGCACAAAUCACUAUAAGCCUUGUUAAGAAAAAUGUGACCUGUAACACUGUGUUCUGGAUAAAAAUGUGAUUAAGAAUCACACCAAGUGCUUACUAUGUAAGCCCAAGAACAAAGGCUUUCUGAAUCUUCUCAGGCAGUUCUGCUGCAAAGCACCAUCCAAACCUUGGAGAUGUGACAGCUUCUGAUAGAAUUCGGCAGGACAAGAAAAUCAGCCCCUAAGGUGAUGGCCACAGGAGAUUAUUUGUGUUGUUUUUCUUCUGCAAUCAUUGUGAGUCCUGAAUUUGAAGAAUGGAAGACUUAACAACUGUAAUUACUAACUUUAUUCUAAGUUUAUUUUGUUUUUUUGAAAAACUUAACAUUAAACUGAAAGUGUUUUCCACAUGCAGAUGAAAAUCUGUUUGAUGAUUGGCUUAAAAGAAAAACCACCAAAACUCACCAUUCUUUUUCUCAUGUAUUAUAUAUGAUCCCAGACAAGUCAAGAAUUCUUAUUUUCCUUACUUGAAACAAUUCUAGGCAAAGUUAGGCUUUAAUGAAGAAGUAACUGACCAGAAAGUAUAGAAAUCUAUGUUUUCCUAAAGAAAUAACUACAACAGUAUCAAAUUUGAUUUGAUUAUCUAAUCAGAAGCAUUGAGAACUUUUUCCUUUUAUGUGGAAUAUUGUUAUUUUAAAUCUGAGAGAUAAAUAGAUAUGGAUUAAAGUAACUUGAA